CGCACAAAGCCUCGGAAACAACGCCUCGGAAACUUCCUCCCAACUAGUGCGCGGCCACAGCUCCCCUACCGAACGUCGCAGCACCUAUCCGACCGGGCGACAGUGUGACAAACAGGGGCAAGAACAAGGCGAAGCAAAGCAGAAGAGGGGCCCGAAUGUGUACGACGGCGAGCAUCAGCUACGCUUCCUCACCUCCGGUUGUGUUGUUGGCGUGUUGCACCGCAUUCGGCCCGCCCGCCGUCGUACACAUUCGGGCCCCUCUUCUGCUUUGCUUCGCCUUGUUCUUGCCCCUGUUUGUCACACUGUCGCCCGGCCAUUGUUUUGCUGCACGCCGUUGCAUUACGCUAGUGCUCGUCUACACAACUCAUCCGUGGACGCCGGUCGCCUGCCUGCAGGUGCGCAUCGGCUAUGCUAUCCGCGCGGUGUGGCGUCGCAUUGAGUCUGUGUGGUGCUAUCGCCUUGGCCGGGCGCCCGGAGCGUGAGGAAUGCGCGUCAGCAAAACAUCGACACAACCUGCCAGCUACCGUCGGUACAGUAACAGCGCGCGAACGACGCACCAAUGCCUUGUCCCUUCUUGCUACGCAUUUAUGUGGGCACGGGUGGGAGCCACACACAUCGGGACUACGCUUUCCUGCCCCUUGCCAUGUUCCAUCACGAGCUUCAAUGCAGGGGCAAGUGCAGGGGCGGGACGUCAACUCUGCAACCAACAUCCGGCACGCGCUGGUGGAGAUGCUGCUUGGAAACGUGCGGCCCGCAUCACUACAGCCUGGCGGCGGUGGCGGCGGCGGCGGCGGCGGCGGCGGCGGCCCAGCAGCGGCCCAGCAGCGACACAGCGACAGCGGCACGUGUGCGCAUGUUGGUAGCGGAGGGGACGGGAACGGCCACGUGGAGGAGAGCGCAGCGUCGCCCAAAACUUGGCGCAAGCGCGCAGGCUGAGGGGCUGGCCGCCGGUGUCUAGCUAGGUAGCAGGCCACAAUGGUGUGAGCAGGGUAUGCUUGGCAGGGGGCAGCAGCAGCAUGACAAGUAGUGCGGCUUUUGUCAAUUGUGUGGUGUCCUGGCUGGCUCUGCAGUGGCGGUGUGGCUGCUGAGCACCUGGUUUGGCUAUGUGCCUGUACAGACCGACCCCGGCUAUGUCCGGGUGAUGAGGACGUUCGGCCUCAGAGAGUGGAGGGGCUCAGCCCCUUUUCCCGUG